UACUGAUGUCAGAGUGAUUCUGAGAACAAGAAUCUAUAUUCUCUACAACUGUGUUUUUACAAUUUCCCUCAAACAACAUUUUCCUUGAGGCCCGAUAAGAUAAUGAGGUAAGGAAAACUCUCCAUCCAGAAGAUAGUUAGAUGACAACAGAUAAGUAGAUAAUAGAGAAAAUAAAAUGGAAACCAUUCUAGGAUUUAGUCACAUGAGCUGGCUCGUUGUGUUAUGCUCUACAUUACAUGUUGCUUUUCAAAAGGAGAAAGGUAUGAAUGGAACAUCUGUUGAAAACUUUUCCUGUAUUGUUCGCUCAUAUACAUUUAAGAAUCCUACUAUGAAUUGUACUUGGAAUGCUGGCACAAAUGCUCCUCCAGACACCCAGUAUUUUAUGUACUUAGCUUACCACAAGGCUACAGAUAACGAGUGUCCACAUUACAUAAGUAACAUGCGUAGAAGACACAUUGGUUGCUACUUCCCUGAUGUGAUAGUAAAUAAAUAUCGUGUGAAUAUUACAGUAAAUGGAUCAAGCACAAAAUCUCCAAUUCAAUCGUAUGUUGAUGAUUUCCGACUUUAUAAAAAAGAACAGCUUCGACCUCCCCAAAAUAUUACUGUGGAUUAUAAAUCACCAUUAUAUUAUAGAAUCCAAUGGGAACCUCCUCCAAGCUCUCGUAAAGUGGAAAGGGAAUGUUUUGAGUUCCAAAUAAAGGAUGAAUGGAAUACAGUCAUGAAUGUAACAGGAAAAACAUACUUCGAUUUUGCAAAGCCUGCAAAAUAUAUCUUGAGAAUUCGCACUAUUGGACACACCAUGUGUACAAUUUCAAAAGAAAUGAAUGGAGAAUGGAGCAAACCUAUUGAGUUUGGUACUGAUCCUGAUACAUUUCCUACACUGCCUUUAGUCUUUGCUGCACUUGGAACCAUGCUAAUAAUUGUGCUCUUGACUUUGAUUUGUAAAAGGAACCACAUAUGGGAAAAACUUACUGAUCCAGUCCCCCAACCAAAAGAUAUAAUGUGGCAACAUGAAAAGAAUGUGCAGAAGUGGGUGACCCCAGUACCAAUAGGAGGUGAAUCAAUAACAGUGGUUGAAGAAAUGACUGCCAUCUCCCCAAAAGUAUGAGGCAUUGCCCACUACAAAAAAACCUAUCCUAAUAAAAU